UGCCCUCAAAUUAUAUUAAAUUUGAAACAACAGUCCACAAACCUGCAGUCCACCGGAGAUGAAUAUUGACUGACCGGUCUUCUAGGUUUUCUCACCAAAUUUCCUUCUUGUACUCUCCGUUCUUCUUCUCAAACCCCUAAAUUUCAACCAUAGGAAUCUGAUUUCGAAACUCCUACUUCGUAAAUUUUGUUAUCGCAACCCAACAAUUCGGUGGGGCUACCGAUUAUUACAACGGAUGAUCCUCAAUGGCAUUGUACAGCCGACGAAAGAGACAAUCAUCCAUUUGAUUUUGGGCAGUGGUGAAAAUUUGGAAAUGGUUUCUUGUGAUUUAACUUUGGUAGGCAUUUUAGGUAUAAGAGUUUGAUGCUGACAUCAUGCAUUCAAGAUUAAUGGUUAUGGAGGACGGCAAGGAUUUCGGCACUGUAGUUAGAAUUAAUCAAACGAGAUAUCCUACAAUGAGGUUUCUUCAAUUCUUCUUGAUGUUUAUAGUAUUGGGUCUUGGGGUUUCAAUUAUUAGUAUGAAUACCAUUAGAUAUUUUGGAGUUCGAAGUACUGCCCCUGUAGUAUCUCCCGUCAGUACUGUUCAACCUCGCUUGGAAGAGCCAAGUGGCAAUGGCAUAGAUAGUUGGAUCAAGCCUCCUUCAAAUCUUCUUCACAGCAUGAGUGAUCAAGAGCUACUAUGGCGGGCCUCCUUUGUUCCUCAAGUUAAAGAGUAUCCCUUCAAGAGAGUUCGCAAGAUUGCCUUUAUGUUCUUGACGAAAGGGCCUUUGCCUAUGGCCCCUCUUUGGCAACGGUUCUUCAAGGAUCAUGAGGGGCUUUAUUCCAUUUAUGUUCAUACUGCCCCAUCAUACAUUGCUGACUUCCCACCCUCAUCCGUGUUUUAUAAAAGACAGAUCCCAAGUCAGGUUGCAGAGUGGGGUGAGAUGAAUAUGUGUGAUGCCGAGAGGAGACUGCUAGCUAAUGCGUUGCUUGAUAUCUCCAAUGAGUGGUUCAUUCUUCUGUCCGAGGCUUGUGUCCCUCUCCACAGCUUUUCCACGGUCUAUCGGUAUAUUGCAAGAUCUCGAUACAGCUUUGUAGAUUCAUUUGAUGAGCAAGGACCCUAUGGAAGAGGACGCUACAACAGGAAUAUGGCACCUGAGAUUAACCUCACUGACUGGCGCAAGGGUUAUCAAUGGUUUGAAGUCAAUCGUGAACUUGCAGUGAAAAUAGUUAAAGAUCAAACGUACUACCCUUUGUUUAAAGAGUUUUGCAGACCAGCUUGUUAUGUCGACGAACACUACUUCCAAACAAUGCUGAGCAUUGAAUCGCCAAAUCUUCUGGCGAACAGAAGCCUUACUUUUGUGGACUGGUCCAGGGGUGGUGCGCAUCCUGCUACAUUUGGGAAGUAUGAUAUCACAGAAGAGUUUUUUAAGAAACUUUUUGAAAGCAAGAGAUGCCUUUACAAUGAUCAGCCUUCUUCUCUUUGUUUUCUUUUUGCUAGAAAAUUUGCUCCAAGUGCUUUAGAUCGUUUGUUAGAAGUAGCUCAAAAGGUUAUGGGGUUUUGACAAAAUCCAGCCUUCAGAAAUGUUUCCUUUUUAUAGGUCCUAAUGGGAUUUAUCAUAAAUCUUAGUUUGGAGACUAUAGUCUGUGUCUUUUUAUAUUCUUUUAGUUAUACUAAUCAAACGUAAUACCAUUAGAUUA